AUGCAAAUGGAGGUAAUUGUAAUUCGAUCACUUCUCCCCUCUUCUAUUCUCAUUUCUUUACUCGCAACGGAAACUCCUCUCACACAUGCGGCUGCGGUCCGAGUCCAUACUCGAUUCAGACUUUUGUCCGCCAAUUUUCCUUUCUGAGCUAAUUUCUUUCCUUUCUUUCUUUCCUUCCAAUCUCUCUUGCUGGUUUUUGAGUUUUCUCACCCGCACCUUCUUGUAUACAUAUUAGCUAGAAGUUGGAGAGAGAAAGAGAGAAAAGGGAAAAAUAUCAAAUCAGCCGGCCCAGUGACACGCCACAUCUUGAUAUUUUUAAUCAUGCAUUCUAAGACGUGUGUUUUCCGUUUUUCAGCCGGAUCUCUCUCUUUCUGAUGUGGUCACCGGUACCACUGAUAUAGAAAUGGAACGGCCCAACUCUCGACUGCAUUGUUACCCCGAAGUGGCGUACCAUUGUACGGUACAGCCUUAUUUCGCACUUCAUACCCAUUCCCACACCCCUGUCGCUUACAAUAACGGAUCGACGAAGCAGAGGCCAAGUCUUGGAAGUAAGUUUCUUCUUUAUUAUUUGUUACUGACUCACAGGUUAGGAGACUUUGGGUUUCGUUUCUGACAAACGUCAUUACAGCCCUACAAGCAGCUGAUACUCUUCAUGCAAGGCGCUUUCUCAGCGAUAAGCGUCGCAGUUACAGGAAUCGGAGUCUGGUGAGUAUGCGUCGUGUAUUUUACUCUUCUCAGUCCCUUUGUAUUGUUCACGCCAAAGUGCACACGACUAAAACAUUUUGAAAUAAAAUUCGGUCCGGACCCUAUAAAUAGAGUGGUGCUCUUUCUGUCUUCUGCGCUCCCACAAAAUGGGACAACAACUGCUUCAGCGAGGAGUGAAUGAUGUCAUGGCAGACGGAAGUAUACCGACGUGAUAUUAUGGUUGUAUGGAUAAAGGGGUGGGAUGUAGCGUAGAGUCAGCUUUUGACUCACUUAUGACCAAUUACGAAACAACAUAGUUUUUGGCUGCCGAUUUUCGCUCAAAAUCAUAUUACUGCUGAAAAAGUUGGUGAAGGAGAAAAAAAACCACUUCACAUCCAUGUCUACUUUCUCUAUGAAUCGAGAGAUACUUGUCAGCUCUCCGGUAACCUUUCUUCUCGCCCCAAACUCAUGUGAUAUUGUCCAUUUCAGGGUCCCACGAUUGCCUCGGCUCCUUCCGUCGAGCAAGAGGACUACCGAACACCAAGACCCUCGUUCGACAGCAAUGGAUAUGCCGGAAAGAGCUUCGACUUCAGCAGCGGACAAAUGGGCCUCACAGCCAGCGAAUCCAAUGCCUUGGUCAAGGUACAAAGUUUUGUUUUUCAGCUGAAACUCGAUCUCUUAGUUUAUGGUGAUGUGCUUUGCUACUCAAUUUCCGUUCAAAUAUUUGAGCGGAGAGUGCACGUGGCGUCAUUUAGGUUUUUUUCACGAGGGGGGGGGGGAUCCGGGUAAAAGAAAAAGAAGAUAGGGGAAGUUGAAACGCUCUUCUUCCUCGAACGUGCAAUUAUCGUGUGUGCCUCUGUAAUUCGAGAGCAAUGAUCAAUCUUUUUGGAACUAAUUUGUGUAGUGACUCAUUUCCGAAUGCGAGUGCCGCCGGAAACGGAGCAAAUGUAUAUCUAUCAUUGACCAAGGAUCUUUUUGAGGUAUCUGCCGAUUUUCUGCGAUUGAAUGGAAGUCGGCAACAGUUCAAAAACCUUUUGUCCGCUCGGAAAAAGUUGGGAUCUCUCCCUCCGGCCUACACGAGAAUCGACUAUAGCCGCGAGUCGUUGGAGUCAGGUGAGUUAAGAUCGGCAAAAAAGAAGAGGAUUGUACUAGCGAAGUGCCGGUACGGUGCCCAGCUACAAAGGGGAUGGAUAGAUACAGCUACAACAUGGGAUGAAUAUAAAACCCCACCGCUUGCACUCGCAUUGCAAAACUAUACAACCGAAGCAUUUUUAUUCCAUUUUUGGCAUUGCCAAAAUUAUGUUUUUUCAUACUAACUCACUUGAAGAAGAGGCUAUCGAGUUGUGUAAGUUGCGCCUAAUCCCCAUGGUCAUCAUUCCUUCUUUUGAAGACGAAAUCGCCGGUUUUCCAGCCCGAGGUCUCUCCAAUCAUCAUGGGCCGGUGAUUACGGUCGAAGACACCGGAUCACAAUUGCGGAUCAACAAUGUCAAACCGAGUGUGAACCAGAACCUUCUCGAAACGUCUUGUUCUUUCGAGAAAAGUGAGUUUCACGGGAAAACUGAUGAACAGGGAUCAUUUGAAAAGGAAAACAUGUGAUUUAUCCGAAAUUCUGGUAAAUGAGAUCAGGAAAUGGUGAGCUGGGGUGUCAAGGAGCUGCAUUACAAAGCGUUUGCUCCUCCGGUCCCAUUGUGGGUUCAUGAUUCUUUGGAUCUAAUGACCAUUGCACUACGCGGCAUUCUUAUUAGUCCAUGGCGUACCACUUCUUCUUCUGGAAGUUGUCAAGACAUUUCACUCCAUGAGUUCAUUCAAAAUUCUGAAAAUCUUCCACCAGGUGACUGCUUAGGUAUUCUUAUAGACUGUUGGGCGGUGAAAUCUGAUGUUAGACCUCUAGUGACACCAAUGAGACUGGGUUCAUUUGUUUGCAUUGUUAUGUCGAGAGACUGGAAAACCAGUUCAAUUUUCCGGAGUUUGAUAGUGAGAAAUGAUAUUCACUUCCUUCAUUCUCAACCAUCACUUUUUGAUUUUACUCUGAAAAUGAAACAUGAUAGCGAUCCCUCCGAUUUUUGGCGGAAGCGAAAGAUCUCACAGUCAGGUAACAAGAAAUGUCAUAAAAAGUUGUUCGAAGAGUUUACUGGACGUUUUCAGCGAUGGUGACGCAAUGCGAAAGCAAUGGAUCGGUGACGUCACACAAUACAAGUUCUUUUCAGCGAAAUAACAGCAGGUAGGGCAACGGAUGAUUAGCAUCUUUCCUACGUUUUCUUGGGUCUUUUGUUCUUUCUCAUUUCCUCGGUUCUGCUAAUGAGUUGUGUGAAGGUUUGCGUUUUGUUUCUCAAAGAAAAUGUGUUCACGUUAGUCUUUCUUCCAUUAAAUGUGUGACAUCCAAGCACUGUUUUCAGGUAUGGAGUCCCCAUUGACAGCACGGCCGUCAAACAAGUAUAUAGAGUGAGAUCGGAGCGUUUAUCCAACCGGUAAUCAAAACUAAACGUCUCUUUUUGAGAGAUGUUCUGUUUUCAGGGUCCGUAUUACGGAUAGAUCACUCUACUUGGCUCUGUUUGGAGUGAUUCUCAUGCUGGUCGACUCGGAAAUUACCGCCGAGAAGGUUUACGGUGUUUCGAAAGAUCAUUGGCUCUCGUUCUCCCUUCGAAUCGGCGUAACGUGCUCCACUGUAGCCCUUCUCUGCCAUAUCGUACUCUACCAUUUGAAUGAUAUUGUGGUAAGUUUGACAACGAAAUUUCAAAUUAAUUUCAGCAAUUUUAAUUUAAUUUUGUUUUAUUCCAGUUGGAGUUGGUUGACUGUGGUGCAGACGAUUGGAGAGUGGUUCUGACCACCGAACGUAUUAUCCAAUUCUGUAUGGAGUUCGUCUGUUGUGCUGUCAGUCCGUUGCCAGGUACGAGUACAAAAACGUGUCUUCGAGCACAUUUCAACAACAUUUAUUUGUUGUUCUGAUCGCAUAUUUUCUGUCCUAACUCAUGACGUUUAUCCGAGCAGUGAAUAACAAAGAAUUCAGGGAGUGGGGAAAUGACAUGGACUUUCAUCGAACCGUCGAUGCACAAGGAUGGGUCAACAGAGGAGAGAACUGUGCACACAAGAAACGUUCAAGUAUCACAUCAUAUUCAGAUUUGUCCCAAAAAAAAGAAUGGUUAAGGUUCCGAUCGACAUAAUACUUUCUUGCUUCAUGCUUUGCCGAUCGUACCUAUUUGCAAGGUUCAUGGUCCUUCACAGCAAGCAAUUCCAGGUAGACUUUGUUAAUUAACGACUAUAAUGAAAAAACCAAACAAUUUUCAGGACGCGUCAACUAGAACCCUGGCUGCUUUGAAUCGUAUCCAAGUGAACUUUUCGUUCGUCAUCAAGACAUCUCUCGACCAACAACCCGUUUUGUUCCUUACUUCGUUUACGUUCAUUUUUUGGAUCAUCAUGUCCUGGAUGUUCGUUCAGUGCGAACGCUAUGGUUUUUCUGGAAAGAACCCACAAUCCAUUCUCUACUCCAACUCUCUCUGGUUCAUUGCGAUCACUUUCAUGCUGAACGGAUACGGAGAUAUUGUUCCUCAGACAAACGCCGGUCGAGUCAUUGCUAUUUUUGUAGGAGUUGUGGUAUGUUGAGACUGUGGGAAAUGUUGCGGACAGAACGCUUGCAGGGAGCUAUAAUCUCUUCAAUUUUGAUUGCGGUCAUUUCCCGCAACAUUCUUCUUUCUCAAGGUCAACGCAAUGUCAACAACUUCAUGUACGACUCGAAACUGGCGCGUGAGCACAAGGAAGCUGCCGCGCGAGUACUGCAGCACACGUGGCACAUUCACAAGUGUUUGCAAGGCGGCGAGGGAGGAAAUCGACGCCUUCGGACCUAUCAGAGAAAAUUUUUGCGUGCAAUUCACAAGUGAGCAGCACAGGGCACAACGCAGAAACACAAGUGAUAUUGCAGGUUCCGAGCGGUCAAAAGCGAAAUGCGCGAAUUUUCGGAGAACAAUACUCAGAAUAAUCAUCAGAUGACAAGACUCGUGACUGAUAUGCACACUUCCAUGCAGAGACUGAUCAAUGUUCAGGAGGAAAUGAGAAUGCAAAUUGAGGUUGUUCCUGAAAUUCAAGUGGACAAUCGUAAUAAUCAAUUUUUGAGGUUCUGCAACAGAGCGUCCGUAACCACUACUAUCAUUCCACCCCAAAUGUUCCACAACUUCAAGGUAAGCCAGGUUUUCAAACAAUUCCUAUGUGUACACACGCAUCUCAAGGUCUAACGUCGUCUCCGGCCAUGUCCGAGCAUCACGAUAACCGUUCUAAUUUCUAA